GCAUCCGGGUGCGUAAUACGUCCUUCCUUUUUCCCUCAAGACCCCGCGUGGUAAGCAUGGAAAUUUCGUGUGUGCAAAGUUUUAAUAUGUUUUGUUAAUUAGUGUUGAGAAUGUCUAUUUAAAAGAUUUCAUAAUAUUUUCAGAGUGUUAUCAAGGGUUGUUGCAAUUCAAUCAAGAAAAAUGGUCGCUCAAAAGAAAGCAGUAAGUUUCAAUUUGAUGAGUGUGACUAAGACUAAGUUAAUGUUAAAUAAGUUAGUUCAGUUAGCUUGUUCAAAAACUCAUGUCGACUUUAUCGGUGACAUAUCCUUCAUAUUGUGUUACCCUGAGUUCAGUGUUGAGACUCCCCAUGACUUAUACCAUACCGCGUAAGACAUCACCAUUCGCUAGUCAACCUUGCGGCUGUAUCUAAUAUUUGUCAUUUUAGCUUGACCUAAUUUUAAAACCAGAUGGGGGUCACCUUUUCAUAUUCAUGGGAUGAUCAGAUGUACAGGAAUUUCAAACUAUAUAUUCGAAUGUUUUGAAGUGUUCCUAUCUAUGAGAGUAAGAAUUGUGGCCUACAUCUGCGUUAAGACACUUUUGCCACAAAUCUGGUCAGUUAGUGUAAUAAUAGAGACUGUAAAUGCUUUGACUUAAGCUGUGUUUACAAAUUACAAAAACAUGUUUUUUUUCUUUGGGAAAUUUAUUUUUCUAAUGUGAUCUAAUACAAAAUACAGGUACUUACCUUUCAUGAGCUUAUGUGAUUUUUACAAAUUUUUUUAGAAAAAGACGGCAGACAACAUCAAUGCCCGUUUAGCAUUGGUGAUGAAAUCUGGUAAAUAUGUGUUGGGCUAUAAACAGACACUAAAGACCUUAAGAGCAGGAAAGGCGAAGUUGGUCAUUAUUGCCAAUAACACUCCACCGCUUAGGUAAAUAUGUAUAUUUCUGCCUUUUUUUUAGUUAGGCCUAUCUAUGGCCAUAACAAUUUUGUUUAUGUGGGACAGGUUUGUCAAAAAAAGAUUGGUGGGGGGUGUUUGUAAUGGUGCUGUUCAGUUUAACCAAGGGAGAGCAGCAGGUUAGCUAAGAUUAAUAGUAUAGUUUUUUUUACUGGUACCGGUAGUGCAUAAAUUUUAUGAGUAAAGAAAAGAUGUUCUUAAAUUAAAAUUGCGACUUCGGAGCCAUGUUGGUGGUGAAGAUGAAGUCAUCUCUCAUUGAUAUGUCUGUGUUUUCUUCUCUGAAGUUGAGUUUAUGUGUGGUUACUGGUAAGACGCAGAGACUUUUGAAGGUGGACGAUUAAUAUCAAAGAUCUGUCACACAUCUUAUUUUAUUCCCAUUGAGGUUUCUGGCAUUAGUUUUUUUUUAAAUAUUUCUUCUGAGUGGUUGUGUGUUGCUCAGCUGGAUCGUUUGAUGCUUGUAUAUUUUGGUUGUCCAAUAAUAAAGGUAUUUUACCCAGUCAGUUUAAGUACCGUAGGUGUUGUAUUAAUUCUAAGUUGUGUAUUAUAUGUUUUUUCUUUCUUUUUUAAUUUAAAGGAAAUCAGAAAUUGAAUACUAUGCUAUGUUGGCCAAAACUGGCGUGCACCACUAUGGCGGCAACAAUAUUGAACUUGGGACAGCUUGCGGUAAAUAUUUCCGCUGCUGCACACUGUCUAUCACAGACCCAGGUAAUUAGUUCUGUUUUGUGUAUAAAAGGUCUAUUUUUUUACUCUGUUUUGUGUAAAUAUCGGCAUAACCAUGGGUACUGCUUUUUUGUAGUAGAUUACCCUUCCAUGCUGCCGUAAAUUAAAAUUAAUGGUAGUCUUCCUGUGGUGUCGUUGAACAGCUCCAUGGAAAUUUCACUGAUUUGACAUCUUUGUUGGUUAUUUCUUUAUUUUAAUGAUAAUUUUUAUAAGAAUUUACCUGUGCCAUGAACUGAAUUUUUUUUCCCCUACGUUCUUUUCCACAGGUGAUUCUGAUAUUAUUCGUAGCAUGCCCACAGAGCAGCAACCAGCUGCAAGUUAAUUGCUUUUUGAAUAAAGGAGUUUAAAAACUUAAAUUCUCAUGUUGCUUCCAUGUCCGUCUUCUGUUUAUAAUGUAUUGUUUGUAUGGCAGUAGAGUUACCAUGAUUUUUCCCAUAGUGAGAUAAUCUGGGUGGGAUCCUUGAUUAGUUUUUUUUAUAUACGGGUACCUAUUGUUACCCCCUGUGGUGUUCAAUGACUUUGAGCAAGCUUGCAAUGUAUUUGGAAUUUAAUUAAGGGGCUAACAGGUAGAUUUUAGACACUACUGGCUUAUUGAAGGCAGUCAGUGCUCUAUACAAUUGGGCUUUGAUUACGAUAUGAAUAGAGUAAAGAAAAUUUACAUACCGGUAAUAAAGGUCUAACGGUACUGGUAUGGUAUCUAAUCCUCCGGUAUAUGAAGAGUGCCAAGUUCCUUGAAAUUUAAUUGGUGCUUAAGUUUGAUUACUAUUGCCCUGCCAAUAAAUGGAGGGCCCUGUCUGGCGUAACUUUGCAAAUGCCAUGGGAAAACUAGUCGAGCAUCUUGCGGGUCUGCAGCUGCAAUCGUAAAGGAACGCAAUCAACCAGCAGUUCUGGCAGCACCUACGGUACCUGGUAUAUUCUAUAUUUAUAGAUAUUCAUUUUCCCUAGUAUAAGUGUAGGCUAAAUGGUCUCUGUGGACGCUGGUCUGGCACCUUAUUUAUCAAAGGGGUUGCUCACAAAUUACAUUUUCUAAAUUUUAAAAAAUCUGUACUGG